AUGACACCUGGUCUAGAACUUCUACAUAUUCUACAGAUUCUAAUAUUAGGGAUACAAGCGGCCAAUUUGCCAGCACCGGCUCAGUUCAGCUUCAGAUCGAUCGUGGAUGCUGCUUUGCCUGCCAUACAUCCAAUAGUGGCUGCAGGAUCUGACAGAUGUGAAACCCUAAAAAACUUACUAGGAGUAACAUACGAGCAGAUGCAACAGAAGAAUCAAUCGGUAUUCAACGAUAAACUAAAUCUAGAUCUUAUUACGAAAAGUGGCAACACCAAGUAUAAUUUUUCUGAGCCACUCACGCGCAUGCUACUGACGAAGUCGAUAUACAUCUUAAUCCAUGGUUAUUUGGAAAAUUCCGAUGGGAUUAUGGUGCAGGCGAUUGCACCAGAGCUCUUGAAACACAACGUGAAAGUUUUUGCUUUGGACGGACGAGACGUGAUUGGUUUGGAGUACUUCCGGUCAUCUACGUAUGUCAGGUUUAUGGGGGAGAGGCUGGGAGGCUUGCUGACUGACGUCAUAAAACGUGGCCAGAAACCGUACCGAAUAAAUCUCAUUGGACACAGUCUUGGAGCCCAUAUCGCAGGAGUAGCUGGACAAGAGGUAUACCGCGACACUGGACAGCGCCUUGGUAGGAUCACGGGCUUGGACCCAGCCGGACCCUGCUUCAGCAACGUCAGUCUUGACAGUCGAUUGGAUCCGACGGACGCGGAUUAUGUGGACGUCAUCCAUACUAAUGCUGGAAUUCUUGGAUUGAACGAACCAGUAGGCCACAAAGACUAUUACCCAAACAACGGAAUGUCUCAACUCGGUUGCUUCUUAUCCACGUGUGACCACAGUCGGGCGUGGGAAUUGUUCGCCGAGUCAAUUAAUAAUCAGCAAAAUUUUCCUGCUAGAAAAUGUGAUAACUGGACAUCCUUUCUAAAUGGUAAUUGUACAAGCAAUGGCAUUACUUACAUGGGAUUAAACUCUAAAGGGGGAAACCCUGGUCUUUAUUUCCUCACCACUGCUUCUUCAACUCCUUAUGGCUUAGGGCCAGCUGGCAUUGGUGGAAAUAUAUGA